GGUGUCUUUUAUGAAUAAUCAAAAGCCGCAGAAGCCGACACUAUCGGGCCAGCGUUUUAAAACCAGGAAAAGAGAUGAAAAAGAGAGGUUUGACCCUACUCAGUUCCAGGACUGUAUUAUUCAAGGUUUAACUGAAACUGGCACUGACUUGGAGGCAGUAGCAAAGUUUCUUGAUGCUUCUGGUGCAAAACUUGAUUAUCGCCGCUAUGCAGAAACACUUUUUGACAUCCUGGUGGCUGGUGGAAUGCUGGCCCCAGGUGGGACCCUGGCAGACGACAUGACACGCACAAACGUCUGUGUGUUUGCAGCACAGGAAGACCUAGAAACCAUGCAAGCGUUUGCUCAGGUUUUUAACAAGCUAAUCAGGCGUUACAAAUAUCUGGAGAAAGGCUUUGAAGAUGAAGUCAAAAAGUUGCUGCUGUUCUUGAAAGGGUUCUCAGAAUCUGAGCGGAACAAACUGGCCAUGCUGACGGGUAUUCUGCUUGCCAACGGGACACUCAAUGCAUCCAUUCUCAACAGUCUCUACAAUGAGAACUUGGUUAAAGAAGGUGUUUCUGCAGCUUUUGCAGUCAAGCUGUUCAAAUCAUGGAUAAAUGAGAAAGAUAUCAAUGCAGUGGCUGUCAGUCUUCGCAAAGUAAACAUGGACAACAGGCUCAUGGAACUCUUCCCAGCCAACAAACAAAGUGUUGAACACUUCUCCAAGUACUUCACUGAAGCAGGACUAAAGGAACUCUCUGAGUAUGUUCGGAACCAGCAAUCCAUAGGAGCUCGGAAGGAGCUGCAGAAAGAGCUGCAGGAGCAGAUGUCACGGGGAGAUCCGUUCAAGGAUAUCAUCUUGUACGUGAAGGAGGAGAUGAAGAAAAACAACAUCUCAGAACAGACUGUGGUAGCGAUAAUCUGGUCAAGUGUAAUGAGCACAGUGGAGUGGAACAAAAAGGAGGAGCUGGUAGCAGAGCAAGCCAUUAAGCAUUUGAAGCAAUACAGUCCUCUACUUGCUGCCUUCACCACCCAAGGUCAGUCAGAGCUGACUCUUCUGUUGAAGAUUCAGGAGUAUUGUUAUGACAACAUUCACUUCAUGAAGGCCUUCCAGAAAAUAGUGGUGCUCUUCUACAAAGCUGAAGUUCUGAGUGAAGAACCCAUCCUCAAGUGGUAUAAAGAUGCACAUCUUGCAAAAGGAAAGAGUGUUUUUCUGGAGCAGAUGAAGAAGUUUGUUGAAUGGCUCAAGAAUGCUGAAGAAGAGUCGGAGUCUGAAGCUGAAGAGGGUGACUGACCUGUGAAAUUCUGGCCUCACUAAAGCAAACAGGAGCUGUA